AUGGCAUUGGUUCUGAUGUCUGAUUCUACUGAAUAUGACUCGAGCAGUGAAGAUGAUUUUUUUAUGAGAACACCUGAAUUUGUCACUAAUGAGGUGUUCGGAUCUCAUGAAGAAUUAGUCGAUUGGGUACAAAAGUUGGCAUACUCAAUUGGUGUUGUCAUCGUAACAAAAAGGUCAAAUCCAAGACCUUGUGGUUUCGUGUAUAGGGUUGUACUCAAAUGUCAACGUGGCGGCAAAUAUCAAUAUAAGGAUUCAAGUAAAGAUACUGGCACCAGGAAAACUAAUUGUCCAUUCGAAUUAGAAGGAAGAUAUUCAGAUGAAUAUGAUUGUUGGAUCUUAAGGGUGAUAUGUGAUGAACACAACCAUCGACCUAUAUUGUUUAUGGAGGGCCAUCCAUAUGCAAAGCGACUUUCCGCGGAUGAAUUUAAUUGUGUUGCAGAUUUAACAAGGAUGCAUGUGCCACCACGUAAUAUUCUAUCGCUACUUAAGAAGCGAAAUUUAAGUAAUGCGUCUACUCCCAGGACUAUUUACAACGCACGCAAUAAAAUUCGCAUGGUUGAGUAUGGUGGAAAAUCUCAAAUGCAGGUUCUCAUGUCCCUAUUGCAUUCUGACAAUUAUGUAUACGAAUUUACAACAACUGAGUCAAAUGAGUUGGAUAAUUUAUUUUUCGUUCAUCCAACAUCAUUUGAUAUUUGGCGUGCAUUUCCACAUGUGUUGAUUAUCGAUGCCACGUACAAAACGAACCCUUAUAAUAUGCCUUUCGUUGAGAUUGUUGGCGUAACUUCAACCAGCAAUACAUUUUCAAUAGCUUUUGCUUUUAUCCAUAGCGAAAAGACAGCUAACUAUAAAUGGGUCUUAGAUUGUCUAAAGCUGACACUAGACGAGUGCAUGCUCCCACGGGUUAUAGUUAUAGAUAAGGAGAUGGCACUAGUGAAUGCAUGCAAUGAAGUUUUUCCCGAUGCCGCUCAGUUACUUUGCAGGUGGCAUAUUGACCAGAAUAUAAUUGGAAGGUGUAGGCAAUCUUUUAAGUCAUUACAUGAUUGGGAAGAAUUUUUUUCGUUAUGGAAGCUACUAAUAAAAUCUACAACGUUGGAAUCCUACACACACAAUUAUGACAAACUUGAGUCAUUGUUGAUCAACUAG